GUACGCGGUGACGUAGCCGCGGCGCUCGCGCAGGCGCAGACGUUGCGGCCGGCUUGGGCCGCGUGUGUGAGGGGGUCGCUGUGCUGUGUGACCCCCGCCUGGGCGGGAAAAGGAGGGAACUCCUGCUCUCUCUGAGGGGAAUUGUGUGUCACCUCGCGUCCCCCGGCCCUCAGUCCUGUGGCAGACAAUGACGCCAGAACAGAGUCCAGCGACUUCCCUCAUCGACAGGACCAUCAAGAUGAGGAAGGAGACUGAAGCCCGGAAAGUGGUCUUGGCCUGGGGACUCCUGAAUGUGUCUGUUGCAGGCAUGAUCUAUACGGAAAUGACUGGAAAACUCAUAAGCUCAUAUUACAACAUCACAUACUGGCCACUCUGGUAUAUUGAACUUGCGCUUGCGUCUCUAUUCAGCCUGAACGCCUUAUUUGAUUUCUGGAGGUACUUCAAAUACACAGUGGCACCAACAAGCUUGGUGAUGAGUCCCGGCCAGCAGACCCUGCUGGGGCUGCGGAAUGCAGCCGUACAAACAACUCCACCACGUGAGCUGGCAGCAAAGAAAGUCCCGUCUUCGACAGCUUCUCCUCCCAUCCAGGGUCAAAGUGUGCUGAGUUACAGCCCGUCCCGCUCCCCCAGCGCCAGUCCAAAGUUUACUACCGGUUGUAUCACGGGGUACAGCCCUCAGCUCCAAGCUCUGUCGAGCAACAACGCUUCUUACAGCGGUGCAGUAACUUAUUCACCAGGCAGCAGCUACAAUAAGGUUUCCAGCUUCAGCCCCUCUCCUGGCGGCUCACCAUACCCCGCGAGCAUCGGAGCGGUGGAAAGCGGCGGGCUGAGGUCUCGGUACCGCUCCUCACCCAUUCUGUAUAAUUCUCCUACUGGCAAAGAAGAUUAUAUGACAGACCUCAAGUCCCUGGACACCUUCCUUCGAAAUGAAGAAGAGAAGCAGCACAGAGUUCAACUAGGAAGUUCAGAUUCCAGCUCUCCUUCCAGCAGCCCAACAUUUUGGAAUUACAGCCGUUCCAUGACAGACUAUGCACAGAUGCUGAGGAAAUUCCAGUAUCAGCUGGCGUGCAGGUCCCAGGCACCAUCGGCACACAAGGACGAAGCCGAUCUGAGCUCAAAACAGGCCGCAGAAGAGGUUUGGGCACGGGUGACAAUGAACCGACAGCUCCUUGAUCACAUGGAUUCCUGGACCGCGAAGUUCAGAAACUGGAUUAAUGAGACUAUUCUAGUGCCACUUGUCCAAGAGAUCGAGUCUGUGAGCACUCAGCUGAGAAGAAUGGGGUGUCCAGAACUGCAGAUUGGAGAAGCCAGCAUCAGCAGUCUGAAGCAGGCAGCGCUCGUUAAAGCUCCACUCAUUCCAACCCUCAACGCUAUCGUGCAGUAUUUGGAUCUCACACCAAACCAGGAGUAUUUGGUUGAAAGGAUCAAAGAGCUGUCUCAGGGAGGAUGCAUGAGUUCGUUCCGAUGGAACAGAGGAGGGGAUUUCAAAGGCCGCAAGUGGGACACCGACUUGCCCACCGACUCCUCUAUCAUCAUGCACGUUUUCUGCACUUAUCUCGACUCCAGGCUGCCGCCUCACCCCAAAUAUCCCGACGGCAAAACCUUCACGUCCCAACACUUCCUGCAGACGCCGGAUAAACCAGACACUUCAAAUGAAAACGUCUUCUGCAUCUACCAGAGCAGCAUCAACCCUCCCCAUUACGAGCUGAUCUACCAGCGCCACGUCUACAACCUGCCCAAGGGCAGAAACAACAUGUUCCACACCUUGCUCAUGUUCCUGUACAUCAUCAAGACCAAAGAAUCCGGGAUGCUGGGACGUGUCAAUCUCGGUCUAUCGGGAGUCAACGUGCUCUGGAUUUUUGGAGAAUAAUCUCUCCAGUGGGACAAACUGAGCCGCAUCAUUACGUUACGUUAAACAUGAGUUUACUACAAGAGGGGAUAAUUUAAGCUCCGCUUUGUGGGCCAACGUCAAGCGCUUGUAAUUCCCGCGUGGGUUUUAUGAUGAUAUUUAAUAUUUCUUUGCCAAAACGCUCCAACGUAUGAACACCGGGUGGGUUUUCUCCUUUCCGGCUCCUCACCUGGACAAAUCUUGGUUUUAAAAGGACUUUUUCUGUUCAACAAAUCUAUUGGUGUCAUCACCGCUUAACUGAGCUUAACUAAUCUCAGGACUAAACUCCAAGCGCGUUUGAGGGCCCAGCCGCGAGUCAUCAUGUGGGAAAAUACAACCAUUUGGCCAAAUUCAGGACCCAAGAAAUCCCAGAUAAGCACGAGAAAAGCCAAGUUUAAAAGUUUGGACUAAUUUUGGUUCGUUUUAUUACGUAUAACAAGAAAAACAUGAUUUUUUUUUGAUCCCUUGCUCUUGGUGUAAUGGGAUUUUCUGCCCCGCUGGAUGUGUUGGGGUCAAGAGAAAACCACCUUUGAUUCGCCGGUUUCAGUAAAUACGAUUUUAAUUUGUAUUUUUAUUCUUAUUUUUUCGAACAAAAUAAGAAUUCCAUCCCCCUUUGUCAGUCUUGCAAUGGAGGGGGGAACAUCUGGUGUAAAUUGUGACAAAUAAGGGGUUUAGAAGCACAUGUAGAGUUAUUUUUUUUUAAAGGAGGGUAAAAAUCCCUAAACCCUGAGGUGCUGAAGAUGAGGACGUCACUUGUCCCCACGCUGCGUCUCGGUGACAAACCGUCCCCCCCGUUGUAAACCACAAACAUAGGAGGUGCGAGAAUUACACCGGGUUGUAACCGGGUACGAGAACACCGAGUGUUUUGUGAUAUAAUGAACCUAUUUUUUUACCGUAUGCAUCGAUGGGAGGGAAGAGAAUUUGUGCCGUGCUCAGGCCGGGGGCGCUCGGUUUUAUGUCUGUUUUUGGUGUGAAAUGACCAUUUCUGGUGACUCCGUCCCCCCGGGGAGGCACGAGGUGACAAAACAGCUCCUUUGAUUCCCGGAUUAAAUGAGUUUGUUUUGUCACAAAA